AUGCCCUUGCCUCGCAGACUGUCCAAGGUCAGGAUUCAUUUCCAUCCAUCUUGGGUACCCGUCAUCCCUAUCAUCGCUUGGUUUGUCACCUUAUGGGCUCUCCUCGGCUGGUGGUUGAACUCAGGUCGUCCAAAACUGCCUUCAAUGGAGGAAUCAAUCGCAUACAUCUCCGAUAUUGGUGCGACAUUCCUCAAGCCUCUCUUCAUUGUCGGAUGUAUCAUCACCGGCCUGGGGUUCUUUGCCACCUUGCUCGUCGAUGCUCUUUUGAGGCGAGCGGGUAUUCUCGAAAGGGCAGGGAGAAGACGAGUCAGGUGGAUAAGCUAUGCAAGCAUUGCAAGCUCCGCUGUAGGAGCAAUAGGUCUCAUCUUCCUCUCCGGGUUUGAUACCCUCCGCUGCCCAACAGAACAUGAUGCCUUCCUUCUCGUCUUUAUGGUCGGUGUCAUCUUCAGCGCCAUCUUCACCAUCCUGGAGUACGCCUUCCUCCUCCGUUCCCCACAAGUGCACCGUACACGCCUCCUCGAAGCCUCGUUCUACGGAAAGAUCCUCGUCUUCCUCGUCGAACUCGGCCUUGCGAUCGCGUUCGGAAUAUGUCUCAAUACCAACAACCUCUACAACACCGGGGCGAUCAUCGAGUGGAUCGUAGCGUUUGUCUUCGAGUUCUACCUGGUGACGUUCUGGAUGGACCUGCAUCCUGCAAACGCGGUCAUCGAGAGGGAAUGCGGGGAUGUCGAGGCGAGGGUGGUAGAUCCGACCAUGACGGGAACGGCAGGUGCUGGGAGGACGCUCGUAGCACCGAGGUUCUCGCAUCCGCGGGGCAUUGGAGCACCGGCUGUAACUGCUGCGCCUGCUGGUGCACCACCGAUGGCAUCUGUCGCGCCAGCGCCAGCACAUGCAAAUGCAACUACUUUACAGGCCGAUGGAGUACCGUCUUAUCCUACACCUACGGCUACGAUACCCGCGCGUUCCGCAGGGACGUUAGAACCUCCAAGGGUGACGAUUCCCCGCCUGGCUGCUCACAAACCAGCACAGGCGGCAAUCCCUGUGCGCGCAUGA